GCCGAUUGCAAAGUAGUCCCUGAGGAUGAGCCGCUGUGAUUGGAGGACGACGACAAGCUGAUGGUUUGGGCUCAGGAGGAAAGGACCUGCCCGAUGGCGCCCGGCAAUUGGCGGGAGAGAUAGCUUGUGUAACUCUAGGGAGGGGAGAAUGACCCCUUAGCGACAUCACCCCCACGCGCGUGACUGAGACCGCAUCCUCCCGUGAGGGUAAACGCGGGAGGUAAAGAGACCUUCCGCUGCGUAAAGCUGGAUCGACCCGGAAACAAAAUCUUUUAAAAAAACGAUUGACACUCGGAGGGGCGGGGGAAUUGAUAAGUUGGGACGACCGGACAGCUUCUCAGGUUGCUAAGCGACGAGGCGGGAGCGCACGCACACCCUGGCUGCUUUGUGGCACCUGAGGAAACUGUGGCGGCGGCGUCGUCGUCCUGGAGACCCAGGAGACCAAGCGAGCGUGUCGCUCCCUUUCCGGUCCAAGGACCUAGUCCAGGAACCUUCUGCCUGGGGUAGUGUCUGGUGAUGAGGCGAGAGUUUUGCCGGGACGCCUACUCCAAAGCGGCCGGGAGUCGCGCUUCUUCCCCACUCCCGAGACUGGACAGAGAUUCCUUCUGCCAUCAGAUGUCUUUCUGCUUGACUGAACUGCACCUGUGGUCUUUGAAGAAUACCUUACACAUUGCGGAUAGAGACAUUGGGAUCUACCAGUAUUAUGACAAGAAAGAUCCACCAGCGACAGAACAUGGUAACUUAGAAGAGAAGCAGAAGCUGGCAGAGUCACGAGAUUAUCCUUGGACGCUCAAAAACAGACGCCCAGAAAAACUCCGAGACUCGCUCAAAGAGUUGGAGGAGCUGAUGCAAAACAGUCGGUGUGUGCUGAGCAAAUGGAAGAACAAAUAUGUCUGUCAGCUCCUCUUUGGUUCAGGUGUGCUGGUGUCUCUAAGCCUUUCUGGGCCACAGCUGGAGAAAGUGGUGAUUGACAGAAGCCUGGUGGGGAAGCUCAUCUCAGACACCAUCAGUGAUGCUCUUCUCACAGACAGUUUUAUCAUCUUAUCAUUUUUGGCACAAAACAAACUAUGUUUUAUUCAGUUUACCAAGAAGAUGGAUUCUUCUGAUGUAAACAAAAGACUGGAAAAACUCUCAGCCUUGGAUUAUAAGAUUUUCUAUUAUGAAAUACCCGGCCCAAUAAACAAGACAACAGAGCGACAUCUAGCUAUCAACUGUGUUCAUGAUAGAGUUGUUUGCUGGUGGCCACUGGUCAACGAUGAUGCUUGGCCUUGGGCCCCCAUUUCUUCUGAGAAGGACAGAGCCAAUCUACUCCUCCUGGGUUAUGCUCAAGGAAGACUAGAGGUUCUGAGUUCUGUCCGCACAGAAUGGGACCCACUGGAUGUUCACUUUGGCACCAAACAGCCUUAUCAGGUGUUCACAGUGGAGCACUCCAUAAAUGUAGACAAAGAGCCUAUGGCUGACAGCUGCAUCUAUGAAUGCAUUCGGAAUAAAAUCCAGUGUGUGUCAGUCACCAGAAUACCACUAAAGUCAAAGGCCAUCAGCUGCUGCAGGAAUGUUACUGAAGACAAACUGAUUCUGGGCUGUGAAGAUUCUUCGCUAAUUCUUUAUGACACUCACCGUAGAGUGACUCUCUUAGCACAGACUGAACUUUUGCCUUCAUUAAUAAGCUGCCACCCAAGUGGUGCCAUUCUGCUAGUUGGCAGCAACCAAGGGGAGUUGCAAAUUUUUGAUACGGCUCUAUCCCCUAUUAACAUCCAACUAUUGGCUGAAGACUGCUUACCCAGGGAGACUCUGCAAUUCAAUAAAUUAUUUGAUGCCUCCAGCAGUCUUGUUCAAAUGCAAUGGAUAGCUCCUCAGGUUGUUUCUCAGAAGGGUGAAGGUAGUGAUAUCUAUGAUCUCCUCUUCCUCAGGUUUGAAAGAGGACCUUUGGGUGUGCUGUUGUUUAAACUAGGUGUCUUCAGUCGAGGACAGCUGGGCCUGAUAGACAUCAUCUUCCAGUACAUUCACUGUGAUGAGAUCUAUGAAGCAAUAAACAUCCUGAGCAGCAUGAACUGGGACACUCUGGGCCACCAGUGCUUUAUCAGCAUGAGCGCCAUUGUAAACCAUCUUCUUAGACAGAAGCUCACUCCAGAGAGAGAAGCACAGCUUGAGACAAGCCUUGGAACCUUCUAUGCUCCAGCAAGACCACUUCUGGAUUCCACUAUAUUGGAAUAUAGAGACCAAAUCAGCAAAUAUGCAAGGAGAUUCUUCCACCACUUGCUCAGGUACCAGAGGUUUGAAAAGGCAUUUCUCCUAGCUGUUGACAUUGGUGCUCGUGACCUCUUUAUGGAUAUUCAUUACCUUGCACUAGAUAAAGGUGAAUUGGCACUAGCUGAAGUGGCAAGAAAAAGAGCUAGUGACAUUGAUGCAGAAUCAAUAACCUCUGGGGUUGAACUCCUGGGGCCCUUGGACAGAGGGGAUAUGCUAAAUGAAGCUUUUAUUGGCCUGUCUUUAGCACCUCAAGGGGAAGACUCAUUUCCAGAUAACCUCCCUCCCUCUUGCCCAACCCACAGACAUAUUUUACAACAAAGAAUACUGAAUGGCUCUUCUAACAGGAAUGAACUUGAAAAAGACAUCUGUUCUGGAUUUUUGAUGACUAAUACCUGUAAUGCAGAAGACGGAGAACUGAGAGAAGACGGCAGAGUCCAGGAAAUCAGAGAUGGUGGUUCUCUCAAAAUGAUUCACUUUGGUCUGGUGUAAACAUUAAGAAAAAAAGAAAACUGCCUUCUUCAUGUCUAAACUUUUUCAUGGCCUGAUACAGACUUAAAAUCCCCCAUGUGGAUUUUUAACAAGAGACAGUAUGAAUCAUAUAAAUUAGUUAAGACUUUUGAGUUGAGUGUUUUCAAAAUAAAGUUUUAUUAUUUCAAAAACA